CAAUCUGCUGUCUGCUCAAAAGCCUAGAAAUAGUGCUGGGGCAGUCUGCUGGACUCUGGGAAAGGAAGCAGCCAUGCAAGUGCUAACGAAGCGCUAUCCCAAGAACUGCCUGCUGACUGUCAUGGAUCGGUACUCGGCUGUGGUGCGGAACAUGGAGCAGGUGGUGAUGAUCCCCAGCCUCCUGAGGGAUGUGCAGCUGAGUGGGCAUGGGGGCUCGGCCCAGGACGGAGCCCCUGAUCUCUAUACCUACUUCACCAUGCUCAAGAGCAUCCGUGUAGAAGUGGACCACGGGCUGCUGCCGAGGGAGGAAUGGCAGUCCAAGGUGGCUGGCAACGAAGCCGGCGAGGCUGAGAAUGACGCUGCUGAAACCGAGGAGGUUGAAGAAGACAGGAUCUCGGAGGAGCUGGACCUAGAAUCCCAGUUCCACCUGCACUUCUGCAGCCUCCAUCACAUCCUUACCCACCUGACCCGGAAAGCACAGGAGGUGACACGGAAAUACCAGGAAAUGACGGGGCAGGUCCUGUAGGUCUUCGACUCUAAGGAAGAUCACUUUACACGAGAGAAGACUGAUGAGGAUCCAGCGGUGCACCAGCCCCGAGACCUGGAAGGAUGACCUGGACCCAGGCGGACGUGAAGGCUGCUUCUGUCUUUGGGUGCUUCCCACCUCCCUCUGAGCACAUCUGUGGACUUGGUUGUAGGCUCACCUUUAAGAUGUCUGUUGCAAUUCUCAACUUCUCUUCCAUGUCUUAGCAGUUUGAGGUUCACAAGGCAGCAACGAUCAGUAGAAAGCAAAGGUAUUAGCAAGCGGCCAGAGUUCACAUCCCACCUCUGGGAUGUCAUUUAACGCCUGGUGUAGUUAUUCUUUCGUGUAUAAAACAGGGAUGCUGUAUCUACCUCACAAGGUUACUAAAAGGAAACACGGACUCAAAGGCACCGGGCACGUGAACAGCUGGUGUUUCUCUUACCUUCCUUGAAGUGCAUGUUGCAUGUAGCUCUUGCUUUUAACCCCCUGGGGAAAGGUUGAAGUAGUUGAGUGUGUGGGAUGAGCUACUCACCCUGUUGGAUCUGAUGAGGCUGAGCACAAGUGAACUAUGAACCUAUUGUAGUAGAAAUUAAAAAACAAACAAACAAACAA